UCGACCCGGCCAUCUUAACCAAGAGCUUUAGUCUCUGAAGUGCCAUUAGCGUGGCUUUCGGUCAUGCUAUCUUAGCCUUGUGGACUUCGUCGGCCGGCAAUGGCACGAGACCGGGGUCCUUGUAGUCUCGGUCUCGGUGCACAUCCGUGUCCGCAGUGGCCUGGCCUCGCGGUUGCCCGGACUUCCUCAUUUAUAUCAAUCCUCGUAUAAAAUUCAGAUGUAUCGUUAUAAAUCGGAUGAAAAUGGAGAAUUAAAUGGCAUUUUAGAAUUGAAGUCGAUAUGGAAAUCGCAACAACCACUUCCCCUAGGAAUACUGUCUUCGUCACCGGCGCGACUGGGUAUAUUGGCGGGGCCGUCUGUCGUGUAUUCGCCCGCGCUGGUUGGCGUGUUUUCGGCUUAGUCCGAAACCCUGAAGCAAUCGACGACUUAAUCGCUGACGAAGUUAUCCCUAUCGUCGGAUCUAUAUCUAAAGAGCCAAAUUUCCUCAAUGAGUUAUACAAGCAUACUCAAACAUUCGAUGUUAUCAUAUCCUGUACCGAGGCGGUACCUUUCUGUCAUCAUUACGAAGGAAUUUCAACUGUUCUUGAGUUAUUGAGCAAGACUUCAAAUGAAAAGGGGGUAAAGCCCCUCGUUCUCAUGACUUCUAGUUGCAAGGACUAUGGCACGACGUCUCUCCACGGCGCCCCGGACCUAGUGCCACAUACCGAAACUACGCCCCUAGGCCCCCCAGGCUUCCUACACGAACGUACCUUCACCUCGCUCAAGGCGCUUGAGCACAGCGAUCUCUUCGAUGCUGCCAUCCUCCGACCGACGCCCCUCUUCGGUUACGGAAGUAGCUAUUGCGGCCUCAUGUUCGAAGUCGCCGCAGCCUCGAUCUCCAGCGAUGCUAAGCCAUCACUUGAUAUCCCCGCCGACUUCAGCACCAUUUUGCACUCGUGUCAUAUUGACGACUGCGCGGCGGCAUACCUAGCCCUUGCGACGCAUGCAGAGAAGGACCGCGUGUCUGUCGCAGGUGAAUGCUUUAACAUCUCAGGCCGGAGAUACGAGACCCUAGGUGAAGUAGCCGGGUCUCUGGCGCGUGAAUAUGGGUUCGUUGGUGGUGCGCGAGAAGUGCCUCCCGGGACCGUCCCCGUCGCGAGAGCCGCACUGUUUGGGUUUAGUCAGUGGGUGGAUAGCUCCAAGAUACGGGAGCUAACGGGAUGGAGCGAUAAGAGGGCUCUAUUGUCGGAAGACUUAAGCAUAUAUCGGGGCGCGUAUGAGGUUGCUGUUGCGAAGGCGGAUGAGGGCGUUAGGAGGGUUAGGCAGAGGGCUAUCAAGGUGUGGGGGGAGUUGGUUUAAGGUGCUUGGAAUCUUUGACGAGGACAAGUGAGGCGAUACUAGUCUCCUGGUUUGAUUGGUAUUAUACGUGUUGUAUUAGUGCUCCAAGUCCGACUUUUAUAUUGCUAGAAGGGUGUACGGGUGACCAACGCCAUUAUGAAAGCAUGCGCACGUAUGGUGAGGGUUAGGGUUGGGGUUAGCAUGAGGGGUUACCCCUUGACUCUUUCACCGCGCCCGUUUCCUUUCUCAUUAAUACACCUACAAAUACUGCUUACCUGAGAGCUCAAUAACUAGGUAGGUAAAAAGGUAU